AUGCUUAAUCUGGUUGACACCCCUAAUCUAAUGGUCACAACACCCUACUACAAUGACUCUCAUCAAAGAUUCCAGGCGUACGUGCGCCACUACGUGGACACCUACCUUCUCCCCCAUGCGCAGGAAUGGGAGGCGGCUGGCGAAGCGCCUCUUACGGCAAGACUGAAGUUCGCCAAGUCCGGACUGGCGUUCCUUGAUGUCCCCAGAGAGUAUCGGCCCGAGGAUAUGAUGACCGUUGCGGGUAUCCCUUUUGAGGAUCUCGAUGUCUUUCGCGAGCUGAUCUUGAUGGACGAAAUGGCUGGGAUUCCUAGUGGAGUUCCCCUGACACUGGCCGGGGCGUCAAAUGUGGGUGCCCCGCCCAUUUUCACUGCGGGUACAACGGAGCAGAAGAGACGAUGGCUUCCAGGGCUCUUCACAUGGGAGACCAGCUUCUGUCUUGCCAUCACGGAACCGACGGCUGGAAGUGAUGUAAUCCACUACGUCGUCAAUGGCUGCAAAAAAUGGGUUACAGGUGCACCGUGGGCAACACACAUGACUACCGCAGUCCGAAUGGGAGAGAAAGGGCAAGGAGACAUCUCGCUCCUGGUCGUGCCUCUGACCUUGCCUGGCGUUACAAUCAGGAAGAUCCACAACUCUGGUCACAACGCCGGCGGUUCUUCGUGGGUGAUUCUAGAAGAUCGUUUCAUUCUCACGGCUGACUGCAACAGGCAGGCCCGCCUUUGUCUUUCAGAGGCUUUGCAACACGCACAUGACCGAGAGACUUUCGGAAAGACCCUGGCCUCUCACCAAAUCAUCCGGCACAAGCUUAUAACGCUUGCGCGCGAAAUUGAAGGGCACUGGGCAUGGCUGGAGCAAAUCGCCUAUCACGUCAAGGUUCAUGGGUGGCAAACAAAAGAUAUCGCGAGUAGGAUCGCACUGGCAAAGAUCCAGGGGGGCAGAAUUGUCGAACAAGCCGUUAGGGAGUCUCAGCAGAUACACGGCGGUAUAGGCUACGAAAGGGGGAUGACCAUGACAGAGCAGAUCUCCAGGGAUCUGCGCCUGAAAGUCAUUGGCGGUGGAAGUGAGGAAAUCCUAACUGAUCUUGCCUGGCGUGAGGAGCACAAGCGGGCGAACGAUCAAUCGUCCAAACUCUAA